GUAAAUAGUACGUGGUACAUAUCUAUUUCGGAUACAUACGAUACAUGCGAUUUGUGUAAAUACAUUUACACAUGUGCAUAAAUGCCAGUGUAUGAUAGCCAGUAAGCAAUGGGCUAGCCAAGAAAUAACCUUUUCUUUUGUACGAAUAUAUAAGACGAGAGAGAGAGAUAAGUUUUGCCGAGGUAUUGCCUGUUACAUAGUAUUUAUGUAACAAGGAUUGAUAAAACCUUGAAAGUAUCACCAGGAAAAAAUCGUGGAUACAAAUAUGAAAACAGACAUCGCUGAUCCGUGGUGCGGGACAGAUGCCCGAGAUAUUGAUAGCAAUAAAUGUAUCGAUAAUUUUGAAGAUUCUUUUGUCGAGUAUCAGUCAGAGCACUCAAAACUUGCCGAUUCCGACGAAUAUUUGAAGAAACUUUAUGCUAGACUUAAUAGUCUUCAGAAAGGUACAUCAAAAAAAGAUUUAAUAACAUCUUUAGUAGAAGUGAAAGAGGACUGUAUUGCUCGAUUAAUAACUUCUGGUUAUAAGCUUGAAUCAGAAGAGGAGACAGAAUUAGCUUCGAACCCUUUGAUAAGACACAUAGCUCCUCAUUUACAGGCUAUAACUACCAGCGAAUCCAUUCAUCUUCUAAAAGCGGACAUUCUUCAAAUAAUCCUUGAAACUGAACAAGAAAAAGAAACUGUAGAAAAAUCAUUUGCAAAUAAACAAAACUGAAUUUAUAGAUCGAA